ACGGAGUAUGCCUUACAUCGGCUGGUAUAUACAUCUGCUUGCGUCUGCACACGCAGAUGGCGCAAUAUCCCGCACAAAGCACGGGCCACCCAUUCAGGGGCUGUGAUCCCUCCACAAUUGGAGACAGCUUAUCAAGCCACCAUUGACCAAAACCCCCCUUAACAACUUGAAGUCAGACCCAAUCACACCCCACAAUGUUUAACUUGAUAUCUCGGGUCCGCACCUUUCUUGGCGACCAGCCCGCCUCCCCACACCCCUGGCCCAAAGUGGCCAUCCUCGGCCUUCCCGACGCCGGCAAACGAGCCCUCCUCCAGCAUCUGAGCGACACCCCCGUCGACCCGAUCACCGUCGCCGGAUGUCAUGCGGGCUGGACGAGCAGCAGUCACGCCCUGGGACUCAACUUCAUCGCCGCGGACGUGGGGCUAGAUGCGCGGUUACGCUGGCGAGCCGCCGUCGCCGCGCGGUACACGGACGCGGACGCCGUGAUAAUCGUGGUCAACCCCGCCCACGCGAUCGCGUUGGAGGAGCUGCGGUACCAGCUUGGCUGUCUUGUCAACGGGAUGGAAGAGACCGGCGAGGUGCAGACGUAUUGCAUCGUGCGGAAGGGGAUUCCGUGGCUGGUGCUGGUGAACUGUGAGGGGAGUGCCGUGGUUCGUGAUCUUCCUGCGAUGAGGGAAAUGCAAGGGAGCAGGUUGAUGGUCUGGGACUGGAUGUUUCGGUCCAUCUCAACAAUGACGGGAGAGGGUGUGGAGGGGUCAAUGCUCUGGUUAAAGAAGAAGAUUCGCGUCAACGCUGAGCGCAGACUGCCAGCGGAGAAUUAG